AUUUAGACGAACAUUUGUAUUUGGCUUUUUGUUCCUCCGCGUUUGUAAAGCUUUAUUUUGAAGAUCCGGAAAUGUGCGGUUUUUUUGUGGACGACUUGACGGAGUUUUCCCGCAGCAGCCAGGGUUCUCCUUAAACGCAAACAAGAUAACGAAAAUGGGCUCGGCGGUGCGGUUAUCGUUACUCAGCCUCCUGCUGUGCCUACAGCUCGGCAGAGCUUCAGCCCGCAGUCCCCGUACGGCUGACCAGGUGUCCGAGGCCGACAUCCAGCGCCUCCUGCACGGUGUCAUGGAGCAGCUGGGCAUUGCUCGGCCCAGGGUGGAGUAUCCUGCACACCAGGCUACCAACAUUGUUGGGCCUCAGAGCAUACAGGGUGGUGCCCAUGAGGGACUGCAGCAUCUAGGCCCCUAUGGAAACAUCCCCAACAUUGUGGCAGAGCUCACAGGCGACAAUGUUCCCAAAGACUUCAGUGAUGACCACAGCUACCCAGACCCACCAAACCCCUGUCCCCUGGGAAAGACGGCAGCAGAUGGAUGUUUGGAAAAUGCUCCUGACACAGCUGAGUUCAGCAGAGAGUUUCAAAAACACCAGCACCUGUUUGACCCAGAACAUGAUUACCCUGCCCUGGCAAAGUGGAACAAGGAACUUUUGUACCAAAAACUGAAGGGUGGACCAAAGAGAAGAAAACGGAGUGUCAACCCAUAUUUAUUGGGCCAGAGGCUGGACAAUGUCGUUGCCAAAAAAUCAGUUCCUCACUUCUCAGAGGAAGAGGAGGAAGACGGACCAUCUGUCCCUGCUGCCAGCAAAUCCACAACCUAAACUCCUGCAAUAACCACUGCAAUAUUACAACAUACUGUCAGAUAAAAGGUUUUAACAAUGCACAUUUAAGCAUUUUGGUUAACAGUCAGUGGGUCUUUGUGUGUGUUUUGUAAAUGCUUUGUUUGAUUGUAUUGCAAAAACAUGGAAUCUGUCACCCUGAAAGAAAAUUUCAAGUUGUCUUUUGGUAAAAAAAAAAAAAAAAAAGUUAUUUCUUGAUCUCAGAGCUUUACAAACAGCAAUUACAAUGGACCUUGUUCUUUUCUUUUUUUAAAGAUUGAUAACUCUGAAUUUUCCAGGUCAAGCUGUUUUUGGUCGGUAGUUUGAAAUCUUGCCUUGGCAAUAAAAUAGGUUUUCCUUGAAACAACUCUGUCUCUUAGCAGAAAUGCUCACAAGUGAGAUAUAUGAAUGAAAAAAGAUCAGCCUGUCAUCAUAUCUGUUAUACUGUAUUUAUUAAAACACUGAAGAUCUGUUUCUUUUCUUAUUUUUAAGAGACAUAACACACUACCACAUUGCCAGAGAAUUAACCCUAAAUCAACCCAAAAAUAAUAGAAUAUAUGCUGUUAAAUACUAAUCUGACAGUGUACAAUAUCCCUGUAUCAUAACAAUACUUUGUAUGAAUAUAUAAUGAUCUGAACGAAUGUUAUAUCAAAGUUUUUCUUGGAUGUACAGAGAUCGGUUUAUUAAUACAAAUUCAUUUUGUAUGUGACGAAUUACUUUGGUGUCUUGUGAAAGAAGUGUAUUUCUAUUUCCAAUCAAAUACUUGCAAGUAAUUCUGGUAAAAGUCUUACUUUGCCAUUCAAAGGUAUGAUGGUGAAAUACUUCAUUGUAGCAUGUUCAGUAUUUAUUCACUGGGUUGCUUCAUCUUGUCUAAAUGGUUGUGUUCUGUUUUGUUCUGUUAAAUCAAAUAAACGGUUUAUCUGCAUCAA